AUGACUCAAUUUGGACCACCUACAAAUCGAUCAAUGAAACAAUUGGAUCGUUCCUUCUUUAAGAAAGAUAUUGCAUUGAUCGUAGCGUAUUUUCCUAAACCUACUCAUUUAGCGGAAUUCGUUAAAAUCUGUAAGAAUGAUAUCUUAUAUUUACCAUCUAUAAAACAUAUUGUUAAUGUGGAAGAUUCCAAAGGGGUGCUUUUAAGACAAGAUUUAACCAUGGACAAUUAUCAAGAAUCAGUGUCAGAUGCUACUAAAGUCAAAAUUGAUGAAUAUAAUAUCGAAAUCAAACCUUAUACUUUGAAUUUAACUUAUGAUUACUGGAAACCUGAUGAUAUUUUAAGAGCUAUUUUACCAGAAGAAUUAUUAGAUGAAAUACCAUCUGGAUUCGCUCAAGCUGGUCAUAUUGCUCAUUUAAACUUACGAGAUGAAUUCAAACCUUAUGGUUCACUUAUUGGCCAAGUUAUUCUUGAUAAAAACCCCAAAGUGAGAACUGUGGUUGAUAAAGUUGAUACCAUCGAUACUAAAUUUAGAACAUUUAAAAUGAAUGUUUUAGCAGGUGAAGAUAAUCUUUUAGUUGAACAAAAUGAAAGUGGAUGUAAAUUUAAAUUUGAUUUUUCGGAAGUUUAUUGGAAUUCAAGAUUAAGUACUGAACAUGAUAGAUUAAUUACUAAAUUUAAAUCUCAUGAAGUUGUGGUUGAUGUAUUUGCUGGGGUUGGACCAUUUGCAGUUCCUGCUGCUAAAAAGGAAGUCAUUGUCUUAGCUAAUGAUUUAAAUCCUGCUUCUUACAAAUAUUUAAAAGAAAAUAUCACAUCAAAUCAUGUUGAUUUAUUCAUAAAACCUUAUAAUUUAGAUGGAAGAGAAAUUAUAAGGAAAUCACCUCAAUUAUUAUUAGAUUGGAUAUCUGAUACUCCAUCAUCAAGUAUUGAAAAGACGAUUGUUAAGAGACGUAAAAUAGUUGAAAAUAAUCAAACUCAAGUAGUAAGAGAAACUCAAACUAAAUCGAUUAUAAUACCAAAAUAUAUAAGUCAAUUCGUCAUGAAUUUACCGGAUUCAGCCUUAACAUUCUUAGAUGAAUUCAUUGGACUUUAUGCUGGAGUUGAAACUCAAGUCAAACAAGAUCCAAAUUUUAAAUUACCCAUUAUAAACGUUCAUUGCUUUGAAAAGUUCAAUGCUCAAGAACAACCGGAACCUUCCUUAGAAGAAUUACAUAAAAGAGUUCAUCAAAAAAUCAUUAAAUUGAUUGAUUAUGAUUUACCAUUUGAAAAAUUUGAAUUUCAUUUAGUUAGAAAAGUAGCUCCUACUAAGCCAAUGUUUUGCGUUUCAUUUGAAUUACCUGAACAAGUGGCAUUUAAGAAGAGAACGUGA